UUAUGGCUGGUGCGAUUUGUAAAUAGGGAUCGAGGGAAGGAUCAUGGGUAGGCCGAGGUAGACUGGGUAUGCGCCUGUCUUUUCAACCACGCUCGAAACAAGUGGGAACUGUUCCGGUAAAGCACUGAUACAUAGGGUACUGGAUUUGACUGAUUAAAAAUGCUGCCCCUGUCAUUGUUGAAGACUGCACAGAAUCACCCAAUGCUGGUGGAGCUGAAGAAUGGAGAGACCUACAACGGCCACCUGGUCAGCUGUGACAACUGGAUGAAUAUCAACCUGCGAGAAGUCAUCUGCACAUCCAGGGAUGGAGAUAAGUUUUGGAGGAUGCCAGAGUGCUACAUCCGAGGCAGCACCAUUAAGUAUCUGCGCAUCCCAGACGAGAUCAUCGACAUGGUGAAGGAGGAGGUGGUGUCCAAGGGUCGUGGCCGAGGUGGCAUGCAGCAGAACAAGAUGCAGCAGAAAGGAAGAGGUGCCGGUGCUGGCAGAGGUGUGUUUGGUGGUCGGGGCAGAGGCAUGCCUGGGGCUGGGCGCGGACAGCAAGAGAAGAAGCCUGGCAAACCUCAGGGGGUCAAGAACCAGCACUGAGGAGGGACAUCCGGCGGCCUCAGGCACACAUCCCUUCUGUUUUCCUGUGAAAUUUUCCUUUGACGUGAACAAGUCAUUGUCCUGCGACUGCCGGCUGUGCCGGAUGCCACGUAACAGAGUUUGACUUUCCUUUUUUUUUUUGUGGAGAACUGUUAUUGCUGAAAUUAAGACUGUUGAUUUAUAACGUAAUGUGUUCAGAAGAAACUCACUAGUUACGUGUUAAAAGAAACAAACAGCUCCCUAUUAGGUGAAAUGUACUUCUCAUUUGUAUGCAAUAAACUAAGUUUAAUAACUUAUAUUUGACAUGGUGUGUACCCUCUUGCGCUUUUUGUCCUCCACAGUGUUCAGUUAUUUGUACUGGAAAUGUUAAUAAUAAACCAUUUCUGUUAAUCCCAA